AUCCUCCAUCUGAAAUCCCUUUCUUUGUAAACCUUCAUAAAUAUUUACAAUCAUUGAGAGAGAGAGAGAGAGAGAGAGAGAGAGAAUGGAGUCGGUUGAGAAUGAGCUGCAUCAACCGAUAUUAGAGUCGAAAGCAGCAACAGUUGAGCCGUCAGUGAUCAGCAACGCACUCGAAGACGUUCUAUCAAACACGCAGCUUUCAUACUUCCGGCGCCACCAAUCUGCCACAUGGCUUGAACUGAAAACCCUCUCCCGCCUCGCAGCCCCCGCCGUCAUCGUUUACUUGGUCAACAACCUCACCUCCAUGUCCACCCAAAUCCUCUGCGGCCACCUCGGCAAUCUCGAGCUCGCCGCCGCCUCUCUCGGAUACAACGGCAUCCAAAUAUUCGCCUACGGCCUCAUGCUAGGAAUGGGAAGCGCGGUGGAGACGCUGUGCGGGCAGGCUUUCGGUGCGCAAAAGUACGAAAUGCUUGGAGUAUAUCUCCAGCGAUCAACGAUCCUCCUGAUGUCGACAUCUGUCCUAGUUAUGUUCAUCCACAUUUUCUCCAAGCCCCUCUUGCUCCUGCUAGGCGAAUCAUCCUCAAUUGCCUCAUCAGCUGCAAUAUUCGUGUACGGACUCAUCCCACAAAUAUUUUUCCUACGCUGCAAAUUUUCCAAUCCAAAAGUUCCUUCAAGCGCAGAGCAUAGUGGCACCGAGCUCCUACAUCUCCGCCGCUACGUUUGUGGUGAACGUGUUGCUGAGCUGGGUGGUGAUUUACAAGCUGGGCUGGGGGCUACUGGGCGCAUCCUUGACGCUCAGCUUCUCAUGGUGGGUCAUAGUGAUUGCGCAGUUUGUGUACAUCUUGACGAGUGA